AAACCCGGAACUAACACUUUUUUCACUUAAAUAAUUAAUUAAAGUAAUUAUUUAUUAAUUUUAUUGUUGUAAAUCAAUCAGAAAGUUAAAUUUAAGUUAUCUAUUAAUAAAUUACAUUAAUUAUCCAUACUAUUCUGUAUUGUCUCUCUCGUUCAUCUUUUUAUAGGUUAUGAAACAUGUUUGACAGCUCCACGUGCAGGGACGUGCAGUCUAUUUUUUUUCUAAACAAUUAAGUUUUCUUCUACUUUUAGUUCUAGUAAAAUGAAAUAAAAACAAAUAUUUACCGAAUAAAUAGUGUAAUAUACAUUGUACGACAAAAUUAAUUGUAUUAAAAUAAUAAUUAAAAAAACUCCGAACAUAAGGAGGGGAAAAAUUUUACGACUAACGAUUUGUUAGAUAUUUUCGAUUAAUAUUAAAUAAAAAUUUGCUUAGUAUGAGUUUUAAGCAAACAAAACAGUCUGUCGAUGAGGGAGACGUGAUAAUUUUAUAUUUCGGACCGACGAAUAUGCAUUCAAUUGAAGUGAAACGACAAAUAAAGAAUAAAAAAGGUGAACUUGUCGACAACACAUUUCAAACAACUUACGGAGCUCUGAAAGUAAUUGAUCUUGUAGGAAAGGAAUAUGGUUCAAAAGUACAAUUAACGAAGGGAUUUGGAUAUGUAUUGCAACCAACUCCUGAAUUAUGGACAUUGACUCUUCCUCAUCGGACACAAAUUAUUUACACAGCUGAUAUAAGUUUAAUUAUUCAUCUACUUGAUUUGAGUCCAGGAAGUGUUGUCAUUGAAUCAGGAACGGGAAGUGGAUCUCUUUCUCACGCUUUAAUUCGCACCAUACGACCUAGUGGUCAUUUGUAUACCUUCGAUUUUCACGAGAAUCGAGUAAACGUAGCAAAAGACGAAUUUCAAGUUCAUGGACUUGAUGAAUUUGUAACUGUUGGACUGAGAGAUGUUUGUUCCGAAGGCUUUGGCGAUGAUUUGAAAAACAAAGCUGAUGCGAUUUUUCUAGAUUUACCUCAUCCUUGGAAAACGAUUGACUUUGCCGUCGACGCUUUAAAAGAAUCUGGUGGAAAACUCUGUUCGUUUUCUCCAUGCAUCGAACAAGUUCAAAGGACGUGUGAAAAAUUAGCUGCCACUGGAUUCGAAGAUAUAAAAACCUACGAAAAUUUACAAACGGAAUUGCAAGUUCAUUACAAAAGUAUUCCAAUUUUAGACUUGGAAAGUUUAAAAGAAGAAGAAAUAAACGGCGAACCAACAAAGAAAAAAGGAAAAUUCAAAAUUAAGCAAGAUGAAAAUAAAAUACUAACAGUCUCAGAACCAAAAACACUGCCAGGUCAUACAGGAUAUAUAACAAUUGCAACACUACCUCCAGAAUUUGCAAGAUCUGUUAUUCUCGAAAGCUGACAAAGUUAUUUUCAAACUUUACAAUAACAAUAACAAUGAUAAUUUAGUAAAUAAACUUGAUAUAAUUUGUCCACGAUUCUACAAACGAUAAUCUAUUUUAUAAGCUUUUUUUUAUACAAUCACUUUUGGAGAAAAAAUAGAUUCUUGAAUAAAUAUAUCAAUUUCGA